AUAAAGGAAGGUUUACCUUUUCGUCAUGAAGACAGGAAAACUGAAAAAAAUAUCAAGACUCCUCCAAAAUCUGUAAUGGAGAUAGAGGAAGGUAUUCCAGCAUGCACAUUCUAACUCAAAUUCUUUCUUCUGAAAGUCUGCUGUUAUACAACGCCUUGAGUGCUAUCAGCGAGACUACUACAGUAUUCCACAUACAGACCUCAGGACCUCCUCUCCUGAAUGCUGUGCGCCGGUGUCGGCUCCUGGCCCUGCCGUUCUGCCCCUGAAGCUGUCACCUGGCGAUAACAGAGAAAAAUGCUGAUCCUGAACAAAUGCUGUUGUCUUAUCUGCGGAAGAGACUCCGUCUUACAGGAACUAAGUAUGGCUGUGGAGGGGGCGGCUGUGGUGCCUGCACGGUGAUGAUAUCAACUUACGAACCAGCUUCCAAGAAGAUACGACAUUAUUCGGCAAAUGCCUGUCUGCUUCCCAUUUGCUCCUUGUAUGGUACAGCAGUUACCACAGUGGAAGGUAUUGGAAGUACAAAAACCAGGAUUCAUCCAGUUCAGGAAAGGCUUGCCAAGUGCCAUGGCUCCCAGUGUGGUUUCUGCACCCCUGGAAUGGUGAUGUCCAUAUACACUUUGCUAAGAAAUCACCCAAAACCCACUUCGGAGCAGAUAACUGCAGCCCUGGCUGGGAACCUGUGCCGCUGUACUGGGUAUAGACCAAUCCUAGAUGCCUGUAAAACCUUUUGUGAGGAAUCAAUUUGCUGUCAAAGUAAAGCAAAUGGAAAGUGUUGCUUGGAUCAAGAUGAUGAUUUAUUUGGCAAGGGAGAGAAGAUUCGCAGUGGACUCUUUUCAACAGAAGAAUUUCAGCCUCUAGAUCCCACCCAAGAGCUUAUAUUUCCUCCAGAACUAAUGAGGGUGGCUGAAAGUCAACCAAAAAGAACUCUGGUUUUCCGUGGGGAGAGAAUGACAUGGAUUUCUCCUGUAAGCUUAGAUGAAUUACUGGAUCUGAAAGCUACCCACCCCAAAGCACCUCUUGUGGUUGGGAACACCAGUCUGGGACCUGAGAUUAAAUUCAGAGGAGUACUUCAUCCAAUUGUUAUUGCUCCAGCAAGGGUUCUAGAUCUGAACUUGGUGAAAUGCGCGGAUGACGGAUUAACUCUAGGAGCUGCCUGCAGCCUCACUCUAGUGAAAGACAUCUUGAAAAAUGCAAUCUCAGAGUUCCCGGAGGAGAAGACAAAGAUAUUCCGUGCUGUCUUGCAGCAAUUAAGAACUCUGGGUGGAGAACAGAUAAGAAAUGUUGCUUCAUUAGGUGGAAACAUUGUAAGUAGAAAAUCAACUUCAGACUUGAAUCCCAUUUUGGCAGCUGGCAAUUGUAUGCUCAAUUUGGUGUCAAGAGGAAGGAAGCGACAGAUUCCCUUGAGUGAUAUUUUUGCAGAUGGAGCUGGUAACAAUACUAUUAUGCCAGAAGAGAUCUUGGUCUCUGUCUAUAUCCCCCAUUCUAGGAAGGGCGAGUAUGUCUCUGCAUUUCGACAAGCACCACGACGGGAAAAUGCUCUUCCAAUAACCAGUGCUGGUGUGAGAGUUCUUUUUGAAGAAGGCACAGACAAAAUAAAAGAUUUAAACAUUUUCUAUGGAGGUAGCAUCUCGACCACAAUCUGUGCAAAACAAACCUGUCAAGCACUUAUUGGAAGAUACUGGAAUGAGAAGAUGCUGGAUGAAGCUUGCAGACUCCUCCUUAAAGAAAUUGCUCUUCUAGGCGUAGCCUGGGGUGGGAAAGUUGACUAUAAGAAAACUCUGGUAGUCAGCUUCUUUUAUAGAUUUUUCCUGGAAGUAUUGCAGUCUUUAAAGACGAUGGACCCUUGCCACUAUCCUGGCAUACCUAUGGAAUAUGGCAGUGUCCUACAGGAUUUCCAAACCAAAAUGCCACAGAGCAUCCAAGUAUACCAGGACGUAGAGCCAGGUCAGCCUCCCCAGGAUCCUGUAGGACGUCCCAUUAUGCAUCAGUCUGGAAUUAAGCAUGCCACAGGUGAAGCAGUUUACAUUGAUGACCUUCCUUCUGUGGACGGGGAACUCUCUCUGGCUGUUGUCACUAGUUCCAGAGCUCAUGCUAGGAUUGUGUCUAUAGAUAUAUCAGAGGCCCUGAAAGGACCUGGUGUGUUUGAUAUCAUAACAGCUCAUGAUGUCCCAGCCACAAAUGAGUUUUACUAUUCCAGUGAUCCAGAGAUUUUAUUUGCAAGAAACGAGGUGAUUUGCGUUGGUCAGAUUGUCUGUGCUGUGGCUGCAGAUUCAUAUGUUCAUGCCAAACAAGCAGCUGCAAAAGUGAAGAUAGAGUAUGAAGUAUUGGAGCCAAUGAUCUUGACAAUUGAGGAAGCAAUAAAACACAACUCAUUCUUUGAGCCAAUAAGAAAAAUAGAGCAAGGAAAUGUUGAUCAGGCAUUUGAAACUGUUGAUAAAAUACUUGAAGGGCAGAUUCAUAUUGGAGGACAGGAACAUUUUUACAUGGAGACUCAGAGUGUGCUUGCUGUUCCAAAAGGAGAGGAUAAAGAAAUGAAUGUGUAUGUGUCAACACAGCAUCCAGCAAUUAUCCAGGAGAUGGUAGCUGCAAGUUUAGGUGUUCCAGCCAACAGGAUCAUGUGUCAUGUCAAACGAGUUGGUGGAGCUUUUGGUGGGAAACUCCUGAAAGCUGGUUUACUGGCAUCAGUUGCUGCAGUGGCAGCAAACAAAACCAGCAGAGCAGUCCGUCUUGUUCUGAGUCGAGGGGAUGAUAUGUUAAUCACUGGAGGUCGACAUCCUUUUAUUGGUAAAUACAAAGUUGGCUUCAUGAAUGAUGGUAGGAUCAUAGCUGUGGAUGUUGAAUUUUACAUUAAUGGAGGAUGCACCCCUGAUGAAUCUGUCCUGGUAGCAGAAGUAUCCUUAUUAAAAAUGGACAAUGCAUACAGGAUUCCCAACUUGAGGUGCUGGGGUUAUGCCUGCAAAACUAACUUGCCAUCAAACACAGCAUUCAGAGGGUUUGGUUUCCCACAGUCAGCGCUGGUGACAGAAACCUGGAUAACAGAAAUUGCAGAUAAAACCGGUUUAUCACCAGAAAAGAUUAGGGAAAUAAACAUGUACAGGGAGAAUGAGCAGACACAUUUCAAACAGCAACUUGAUCCACAAAACUUAAUACGGUGUUGGAAUGAAUGUAUGGAGAAGUCUGCCUAUUACAGUAGGAAAACAGCUGUCAAGGAAUUUAACAAACAAAACUACUGGAAGAAAAAAGGGAUUGCCAUUGUUCCACUGAAGUUUCCGUUUGGCAUGGCCACACGUUAUCUUUCUCAGGCUGCUGCUCUAGUUCACAUUUAUACUGAUGGGUCCGUGCUUUUGACACAUGGUGGAAUUGAAAUGGGACAAGGUAUUCAUACAAAAAUGAUCCAGGUUGCUAGUCGAGAGUUGAAUAUCCCCAUGUCGUAUAUUCACUUUUGUGAAACGAGCACAACAACUGUUCCUAAUGCCUGUGCCUCAGUGGGAUCUGCUGGGACAGAUGUCAAUGGAAUGGCUGUGAAGGAUGCUUGCCAAACUCUUCUGAAACGCCUACAGCCUAUAAUCAACAAGAACCCAAAAGGCACCUGGAAUGACUGGAUUAAAGAAGCUUUUAUACAGAGUGUGAGUCUUUCAGCUACUGGCUACUUUAGAGGUUACAAUGAAAGUAUGGAUUGGGAGAAAGGGGAAGGACAGCCAUUCACAUAUUUUCUUUAUGGAGCUGCUUGUUCAGAAGUUGAAAUUGACUGUUUAACAGGAGAUCACAAGAACCUCAGAACAGACAUUGUUAUGGACAUCGGUUGCAGCAUAAAUCCAGCCGUGGAUAUAGGACAGAUUGAAGGUGCCUUUGUUCAAGGCAUUGGACUUUACACAAUGGAGGAAUUAAAGUACUCUCCGGAGGGAGUCCUCUAUACACGGGGUCCAGAUCAGUAUAAAAUCCCUGCUGUUUGCGAUAUUCCAGAACAUUUCAGUGUUUCUCUGCUGUCAUCUUCCCAAAAUCCUUAUGCCAUCUAUGCAUCCAAGGGGAUAGGUGAGGCAGGACUGUUCUUGGGAUGCUCUGUGUUCUUCGCUUUGAGAGAUGCAGUGACUAGCGUGAGGAAUGAAAGAGGAUUAAAAAAGACCUUCACACUGAACAGCCCUCUGACCCCUGAACAAAUACGAGCAGCCUGUGCAGAUGACUUUACUGAGAUGAUAACGAAUGAUGGAUGUGCUUCCUCCACUCCUUGGGCCGUUUCUGUGUGAAUGCCAAACCAAAGAGUGCACAAGAUCUGAAUGGAAUACGGUGGAAAGUACUGAUUUAUUGCUUCAAUACACGAUAAUCAACACAUAGAUAAAAAUGGUAUUUUUCUCAUUUUCAGAAAUAUAUGCUCCAGCUACAAAAAGAUACAUAUUACAUCUUUUGUCCUUUAUCCUCAUUCUUCCUCCAGUAUAUUCAUUACACCACUUUAAAGUACUUUACUGAAUUUAAUUACUAGCGACAUAUCUGCAUUUGAAGCAUAUGCAGUCCACAAAGAGGAUCUACUGAAUAGUUGCACAGCAGCCCCAGAAAGAUCAACUCAAAUGCAGCUGCAGGAGCAGAAAGUUAGGAUGAAUUAUCAAGGUAUGUUAGAUACCUUGCUGAUACUUGUUAAGCUUUAACAACUUGAUAUGAUAUUUCAUUUUUUGAAAGGCUUCAGCUAAUUUGCUAAUUUAGAUUUGAGUCUUGCAGUGGAGGGUCUGUGCAAAGAUCCUUUUGUCUGUUGAAGGAUUAGAAUCCUGUUCAUUGGAUUCAGUCCCUUUUUGAUUACAAAAGUGAUGCAAUAAUUUAUAGUAAAGCUGCUCUUGAUUCUUUUGGCACAGACCUCUGAGAUAAUAACAUGCAAGAAAUGAGUGCUAAUUUUCUUCCAUUAUGCCAGGAGAAUUGCUGUGGCUGACCAGUGUAAACAGGAGAUAAAUUAAUCCCAAAAGCUGUAAGAGUCACUUUGCUCUUAUUUCUCUUGGAGGAUUUCUUUCUCUCAUAGAGUUAGCCUAGAGCCUCCAAACUUUAAUGGAAAAACUCACAUGGAGUUCAGUGUGCUUUGAACAGGAGCAUGGAUGAAACUGUCUCUGGAAAGGAUUCUUAAGCAGUGCUGUUGUGCACUGGAACUGCACUUUGUUCUUUGCAGUGCAGAUCACAUGCCUAUUUUACAGUAUUUCUAAGCUAUUAUUAACAAGGACUCCUUCCACCUCAUUAUAAAUGGCACUGUUACCUGAUUGUCUCAGUAAAAAUCUGUAUAUGUACCAAACAUGGGUUGUUUGGAUUUUUUGGACUGAAACAUACUAAGCUGUCUCCUGGCUUUUAGGUAUUAAAAAAAAACUGCAUGGAAGUUAGAAUUAUCAGCAAUUAAACAUCCUGAUGUAUGACACUGUGACUACAUGAAAUAAUAUGAAAUAAAGUUGGAAUUGGCAAGCAGUAAA